AUGUCUGGAGCUCAGGAUGGAGAAUAUCUCACUCCAGUUGCCAAGCACAUUCCUGGAUGUGUAGCUUACACCACACCAGGGCUGAACACUGGAGAACCUGCCCCUAUUCUUCACAAAUACUAUCAGUCAGGAGACCUCAUCAUUGCUGGCAUUAUUUCUCAGAUCUACAUAUUUUCAGAAAGCCUAUCCUUUGAAAAACACCCAUCUCAGGAAAUUUCAGAUGACCAUAUGGUGCUGACUCACCUCUACCAGCACAUCCUGGCCUUGGCAUUUGCUGUAAAGGAGAUCAAUGGAACUCCCCAGAUCUUGCCCAACGUCACCCUGGGCUUCCACAUUUAUAACAGCCAUUUCAGCGCAAGCUGGACCAAUGAAGCCUCAAUGGAGCUUCUCUUCAGAAGGACCAGGGUCAUUCCUAACUAUAAAUGUGAUGCUGAGAGCACUCCAAUAGCAGUCAUUGGGGGACCUAAUUCUAAUGUCUGUCUUCACAUGACACCCAUCCUGUCUACCUACAAGAUACCACAACUCAUAUAUGGCUCUUCCCCAGUCAUGAAUAAAAAGUCUCAAGGAGUUUUCUUCCACCAGAUGUUCCCAAAUGGGGACCAUCAAUAUAGAGGAAUUAUCCAGUUAUUGCUGCAUUUCCAGUGGACAUGGAUUGGAGUGGUUUCUCAAGAUAGGGAAAAUACAGAAGGUUUUAUAGAGAAUGUACUUCCAAUGUUUUCCCAGAGUGGCAUCUGCUUUGACUUCAUAGAAACAUUCCCAAAGUUAACAUCUUCCAGUGGUGUCACGGACAUGGUGAAGGAAGGCUUUCACACUAUCAGUGUUAUUAUGGGAAGCACUACCAAUGUUGUGGUUGUACAUGGAGAAAUUCAUUCCAUGAUGGCAUUGAAAAUGGUGCCCCAGGUUUUAAACUUUGAGCAUCAACCAAUGAGGACCAAGGGUAAAGUCUGGUUCAUGACAGCCCAGAUGGACAUCACAUCAUUUCCAUUUCAAAGAAAUUGGGACAUAAGUUUCCUUCAUGGUUCUCUGUCCCUUGCAGUUCACUCAGUGGAUCUGUUAGCUUUCCAGAAGUUCCUUCAGAUCAAGAACCCAAGCGCAGAAAAAGAAGAUGGUUUUAUCAAGGACUUCUGGGAAGAGUCAUUUGAAUGUUCAUUCCCAAGUUCUGUGACAGAUAAUAUAGGUAGGCAAAUUUGCACUGGGGAGGAGAAGAUGGAGGCACUUCCUGUGUCUGUUUUUGAAAUGAGAAUGACUGCCCAUAGCUACAACAUCUACAAUGCAGUCUAUGCAGUGGCACAUGCUUUGCACAUCAGACAUUCAUCCCAAUUCAAGCAGAGGGGAAUGGCAGAGGGAGAAAGAUGGGAGCUUCCAAAUCCACAACCAUGGCAGCUCCAUCACAUUCUCAGAAGUAUUUCGUUUAACAACAGUGCUGGAGAAAAGGUGCACUUUGACGAAAAUGGCAAAUUAAUUGCUGACUUUGACAUUAUAAACUGGCUCAUGUUUCCAAAUCAGUCCUUUCUUAGAGUCAAAAUUGGGAAGAUAGACCCUGUGGGUACCGAGGAAAAAUCGUUCACCAUUCAUGAGGAUGCCAUUGUAUGGCCCAACCAAUUUAACCAGACCAGGCCCAUUUCUAUAUGCAAUGAUCACUGCAGUUCAGGUUACAGUCGGACCAAGAAGGAAGGGAAGCCAUUUUGUUGCUAUGAUUGCUUUCCAUGUCCAGAAGGAAAGAUUUCCAACCAAAAAGACAUGGAUGACUGUUUUCAAUGUCCAGAAGAUCAGUACCCAAACAAUGGUCAGCAUAUAUGUCUUCCAAAAUAUAUAAGCUUCCUAUCUUAUGAUGAACCUUUGGGGAUCAGUUUGGCCACUUUUGCUCUUUUAUUGACAUUCAUUACAGCUUUGGUGCUUAGGAUCUUCAUCAAGCACAAAGAUACUCCCAUCGUGAAAGCCAACAAUUGGACCCUCACCUAUGUUCUCCUCCUAGCCCUCCUUCUCUCCUUCCUUUGUCCUUUGCUCUUCAUUGGCCAGCCCACAAAAAUAACCUGCCUCCUUCAACAAACUGCUUUUGGAGUGAUCUUCUCAGUAGCAGUGUCUUGCAUCUUAGCAAAAACAACUAUAGUGCUUCUAGCUUUCAUGGCUACCAAGCCAGGGUCCAGAAAGAGGAGAUGGGUGGGGAAACAACAAGCCACCUCCAUUGUUCUUUUCUGUUCCCUGAUUCAAGCCAUUCUUUGUAGUUUGUGGCUGGCAACAUCUCCCCCAUUCCCAGAAUUGGAUAUGCAUUCUGUGACUAAAGAAAUUGUACUGGAAUGUAAUGAAGGAUCAGUCGCCAUGUUCUACUGUGUCCUAGGCUUCAUGGGAAUGCUGGCCAUGAUCAGUUUCACUGUGGCUUUCCUAGCUAGGAAGUUACCAGACAGUUUUAAUGAAGCCAAGUUUAUCACCUUCAGCAUGUUGGUUUUUUGCAGUGUGUGGCUGUCCUUUGUUCCAACCUACCUGAGCACCAAGGGAAAGUACAUGGUGGCUGUGGAGAUCUUUUCUAUUUUGGCCUCUAGCUUUGGGUUACUGGGCUGCAUCUUCUUCCCCAAAUGUUAUAUCAUUUUGCUGAGGCCAGAGUUAAACAGCAGGGGACAGCUUACCAUAAGAAAGAGUUAA